AUGUUCUUCGCGUUAUCGCAUUUCGUCGGUCUCGUAACCGCGCUGCAUUCUCUCCCGCCUGUCUUACCGAGCUACAGCGAUACGAGUGACCCCGGCUUCUCAAUCAGCACGGGCGCAAGGAAGAUAUACAUCGACAAACAAUUUGCUGGUACAAGAGACUCUGAAGGUCUAACUCUCAUACCGCCAUCUGCUCAUGAGUUCGCGGACACACUUCGCGCCGACCUUUCGUCGCUCUUCGGUGAUUCUUGGACUUUGGAGCAAGUAGACGACUUUCCUCUCACUGGUAUUCAUCUCGGCCCAAUCCGCGAUAGCAAUACUCCAUUGACAUACGAGAAUGGUCAAUCUACAGAAGAGGGAUAUGAACUUGAUGUUACUAAUGGUAGUGUGUACAUAGGCGGGACUGGUGCGAGGGGCAUGUUUUGGGGAACGCGCACUCUUUUACAAGAGCUGCUGAUUGGAAACGGAUCACUCGUGACGGGCCACACAGUUGAUGCGCCCGCGUAUAGCACACGGGGAUUCAUGCUCGAUGCGGGUCGCAAAUGGUACGAUAAACACUUUCUCAAAGAGCUUUGCACAUAUGCCUCGUUCUUCAAGAUUUCGGAAUUCCAUUACCACUCCAGCGACAACUAUCCCUUGAAUCGUGGCCGCAAUGAGACCUGGCAGAAUGUCUUUUCGCAUUUCUCCCUGUUUCCAGAACAAAAUCCCGAGCUACAGGGUAUCAUCCAGCGCCCGAACGAGACACUGUCGCGAGCCGACUUUGAAGAUUUUCAAGAACACUGCGCACAACGUGGCGUCACUUUCAUCCCCGAAAUCGAAGCUCCAGGUCACGCACUAGCAAUUACGAAAUGGAAGCCUGAGUUGGCACUCGCAAAGAAGGACCUGCUGAACUUGAGCCAUCCAGAUGCUAUCCCCACAGUCAAAGCGAUUUGGUCUGAGUUCCUGCCAUGGUUUCAAACGAAGGAAGUUCACAUUGGCGCUGACGAAUACGAUCCUGACCUAGCGGAUGACUAUAUCAACUUUGUCAAUGAGAUGUCCGACUUCGUCAACAGUACUUCCGGUAAGCGCAUACGUAUAUGGGGUACUUAUGAGCCAUCCGAGAAUCUCACCAUCUCGAAGGAUGUCAUCAUACAACACUGGCAGUACGGUCAAUCAGAUCCUCUUGAGCUUCAGGGUGGCGGAUAUAACAUCAUCAACUCCGAGGACUGGUGGGCAUACAUGAGUCUCAAGAAUGAUCAUAUGCCUAUCCUGCCCGCGCCCUACCCACAGUUUUACAACGUCACGCGCACGAUGAACUUCGCCAACAUUCCCGGCUGGCAGUGGGAGCCGUCUCUUUACAAUCCAGUCAAUACUACAGAACAGCUACAACCCAGUGCUAGCGGUAACAAGGGUGCUAUCCUUGCGGCCUGGAACGAUAAUGGCGCGGAUGCGACUACCCAGCUUGAAGCCUACUACGCGAUGCGCGAGGGUAUACCCGUCAUGGCAGCGCGUGCUUGGGCUGGCACGCGGGGUGCAAAGAUUGCCUCGGACGAUUUAUCAGACAGCGUUGCGUUCCUGGCAGCCAAAGCUCCAGGACAAAAUUUGGAUCGACGUUUCCACAGCGCGCAAGUGGACAUGAAAAGCCCAAAGCUGCUAUCAUGGAAGACUUCUUUAAACAACAGCACUGCGCCGCUAGACUUCGGAUCGUAUGGUCCACCAUACACGCUUACCCUGGAGAUAUCCUCGCCAUUCACCCUCUCUGGGCCCGAUACUUCGCUGUCUCUAAGCAAAUCUUCCAACGAAUCUAGUGGCAGCAUCGAAACAAUUACGUUCACCACUGCGGAUGGCUUCGAAUAUCCUCUACGCUCCGUGUCUCCUAGCGAUGGCUUCGAUCUUGGCCAUCCAGGUCGCAUAUGGACGAACCAGUCGUCAUCUUCCCACGAGCCAGUACCUAUCACACUUCCAACUACAUUGCGUAUAGAAACGGACGUGGUUAAUGGUAGUCGCGUAUGGGCUAAUGAUACAUUCGUGGGACGUUUCGAAGUGUUCGUGUUUGGGGGACGCAACACGCUGUUUAGCUGGAGUCAAAUGGCUCUUGUUGCGCCGCUAGACUCGAUAGAUGGUGGUGUUACAAGCUUGCUACUACAGGCUGGGACUCGACUUGGUGCUUUGUAG